AGAUUCUUCAAGUAUCUCAUCGUGUCCAGUACCACUGAAAGAAGAAGAGGAAUUUGAUUAGAAGGAAAGAGGUAUUACAAGAAGAAAACGUAAAAGUUUAAAAAUAACAAUACGCUAAGUUUCCAAGACACCCUAAAGGACACGAACCAGUGAAAAAUCAUGGAGAACCAAGGAGAAGUUCAAGAGGGGAUGAAAGCCGAUAUCCAACAACUGAAGGGACAAAAGAGCCAAAUUCUAGAGGCCCUGAAUGCAUUACAAAGCCCUGGAGACUCGCAGGCACCGCGACCGCAACCUAGAGCAUCGGAGGCACAAACUUUCCCUCCUUAUGGUCUUCCUCCGAACUACACUCCACUCUCAGGAGAGGACUUGGGACAUGUUGACAACCAAAAGGUCGAAGACAACGUAGUUGAAGUAGAAGACAAGCUUGGGGCAGACACUGUCGUAAUUCAUGGGGAGACAACCCAGUCAGGUAUGGCAAACGUGAUAAUGACAGAACAACCCGAGAUGAAGUCUUCACAUUAUGCUGUUGCACCAACAGGUUUUGAAAAAUUAGAAAUGCUUGAGAAGAAGUUGAGAGUCAUAGAGGGCAAAGAUGUGUUUGAAUUUGGAGAUGCUAGAAAACUAUGCUUAGUCACAGAUGUGGUGAUACCUCCAAAGUUCAAGUUGCCAGAGUUUGAGAAAUAUCGAGGAAACACUUGCCCAGGGAGCCACAUAACCAUGUACUGCAGAAAAAUGGCAGCCUAUGCUCAUGAUGAAAAACUGUUGAUUCACUUCUUCCAAGAAAGCUUAACUGGUGUGGCUUUGAGUUGGUACAUGCGCUUAGAACCAGCUCACAUCUGCUCAUGGAAAGAUCUGGUUGAUGCAUUCGUAAGGCAGUACAAAUAUAAUAAGGACCUAAGACCUGACAGAUUACAAUUGCAGAACAUGGUGAAGAACGAGUCUGAAUCAUUCAGAGAAUAUGCCCAAAGGUGGAGAGAAAUUGUUGCUCAAGUAGAACCUCCUCUGAAUGACAAGGAGAUGACUACCAUAUUUCUGAAUACUCUACAAUCACCAUUUUAUGAGCACAUGAUAAGCAGUGUAUCCUCAAGUUUUGCUGAUAUAGUUGUAAUUGGAGAAAGAGUCGAGGGUGGCAUAAGAAACGGGAAAAUUGCACUAGUCCCAAAUAUGGUAGCGAGUCUGAAUGAGUAUGGACCUAGGCGCGAGAAAAAUAGAGAACCAAAGACUAAUUCGCAUUUAACUGCCUAUUCCCAGACAUCACAUUCUUAUGGGUCCAAUCGAGCCAUAGAGCAGAGAAAGUACAAUCGUAAUGAGAAGGUCGUUAAUUUCACUCCUAUCCCCAUGACCUAUGCAAAGCUGCUGCCAGAUCUGCUGCGCAACAACCUCAUAAAAGUUUGUCCUACCAGGUCGGUACGACCUCUUUACCCGAAGAACUAUGACAUAAAUGUCAGGUGUGAUUAUCAUGAAGGAGCACGUGGGCAUUCAAUAGAGGCAUGCAAGGCUUUAAAGCAUAAAGUGCAAUCUUUGAUCGAUUCAGGAUGUUUAAAGUUUGAAGAAAGUCGAUCCAAUACUGUGGCAAGGCGAGAGUUCGCCUCUGCAAAUGCCAUGGACAAAUGAAGAGGACUAUAGGUCUAUAUAGGAAAGCAUGGGUCAUUGUAAAAAAUGAAACUAAUGUUGCUUUGCUUAUAUUUUGGAAUUGUCUUGUUGUAAGGGCUAUGCUCAUUGAUAUUGUGCUUUCGCCUAUGACUUUUGAUGUGAACAUCCAUUACGCAGUUUCUCCGAGGGUUACUGGCAAUCAUGUCUUAAUAGGGUGUCGUGGAUAAAGCGAAAGCCGCAAAUAANAAAAUUGAAAAAACAAAAAAAUGAAGGAAAUCUUGAGUCACUUGUCUUUCUUGCAAAUUUUCAAACUCU